AUGUUCACCGUCGCAACUUCCGCAAGUCUCCUUGCUCUCGCCGGCUCCGCUUUCGCCGCGGGCCUGAACGCCUCUACUGUUGCCGAGCUUACUGAGGAGCUCCGCCUCGCGCCUACCAAGGUCGACCAGUCCAAGAUCAUCACUGACGAGCUUUCUAUCUUCGACUUCAACGGUGCUAAGACUGGCGACCUCGGUGUCACCACUGGUGUCGGAGGCCACACCGUCGCCGCCGACUCGGUCAACUUCCCGGCUGUCAUCGGUAACGGUGUCUCCAUGACCAUCGGUUACCUCGGCCCGUGCGGCAUGAACACUCCCCACACCCACCCCCGCGCAACGGAGAUCAACUUCUCGCUCAACACGACGCUCCGCGGCGGCGUCCUAAUCGAAAACGGCGCCCGCUUCGCCGAGAUCGACAUCCGCCCCGGAACCGCGACGAUCUUCCCGCAGGGCGCGAUCCACUUCGAGAUGAACCCCUCCUGCGAGGAGGCGAUGUUCGUCGCGGGCUUCAACGGCGAGAACCCGGGCGUGCAGCAGGUCGCGCAGCGCUUCUUCGGGCUGCCGCCCGACAUCGUCGGCGCGGCCCUCGGCGGCCUCGGUGUGCAGGAGGUGCUCGACCUCGAGGCGUUCAUCCCCGAUAACGUCGUGCUCGGCGUCGACGAGUGCCUCCAGCGCUGCGGUAUUCAGCGCUCGAGCCAGCCCACGGCGCAGCGCCAGCCCCGCGUGUCGGCGAACGCGUACCCGCCGACGAUCUCCGCUGAGAACGUGUACGAGCUCCCCGGUACCGCUGCGCCCCCGACUUCGGCCGUGUUCGCGGCUGCUGGUGCCAAGCCGACGGGCUUUGCGGACGACUUUGUCCCGCUUUGCGACUCGCCGUACGACUGCGACCCGGUUGCCUCUUCCGUCCUCGCCACUGCCGCACCCCUCCCCACCGCCGCAGACGCACCCGCAGGCCGCCGCGCCGUCGUCGAGGAGCGCUCUCCCUUCCCGGAAGUCACCCAGAUCGCGCUCCGCCGCUGA